UGUGUUUCUUUUCUAUUCUUUUCUGUUUUAUUCUUGUUCUCUCUUUGGUGUUUCCUGGCCCUUCCCAGCUCCCGCGUUGAAAUCAUUGCUUCAGUUUACUCGUGAAUAACUUUUAAAAAACGAAAUAUCGCUUUCUCUCUCUCUUUCGAUGGACAAAUUCCGGGUAGGAUUACGAGCUCUGGUGCCGGAAAAUGCCUCCAUCUCCCAGCCGAGCUACUCUUCGGGCGGCUCCUACGUUGUCGCGCGCUCACCAUCGGGGAAAACUGUGUCGUUGGCAACUUGCUCGAAGGCUUGUGCUCUCAGCUUUAUCAUUGGUGUUUUUGUUGGUUUCACUUUAAAGCGACGAGUUCGACGUUGGGCUGCCAAGAUGCUGAAGAGAUGGAAGGAUGAUUGAUUCUCUCUCUCUCUUGCUGUCUCUCUCUCCCUCUCAUUUCAGUUGUACUAGCUUUGGCUUUUGCUUUUAGAUUAAAUGUUCAGCAGCAAGCGAGUUACCAAUUGAUGAAUGCUUCUGAAUGAGCCUGUUUCCCUCGUCAAUAGCAAAUUGUGAAGGGAAAUCAGGUAAUCUGUCAAUUGGGAUUAUAUGAAAUAGGACCUUUCAUUUUUUUC